ACCACCCAACCACCCCCAACCACCACCCAACCACCACCACCCACAACAACCACCACCCACCACCACCACCCACGAGUUCCGAGCUCGAGUCGCGGGGAUGAUGCAGGCGAGCCGCGCGGCUCCCGCCUGGGACGUAACGAGCCCGGACGUCCCUGCAGCCUCCUCCUGCUCCUGCUGCUCCUCCUCCUGCUGCUGCUGGGAGGCGCUGCCCAGCCUGUGCUGGGUGCCGGCCGGGGGUCCCGUCACGGAGGCACGGCUGGAGGAACUCCUCGUCGAGAGCUUCUCUCACCUCGCCGAGCGCCGCGCGUGCGACUGCACCUCCUGCACCACCAUCGUCAGCCUUCUCUCGCACCUCGUCCACAACUGCCACCGACUGACCACCGAGUGCACCAUAUGCCACGAGCUGUGCCAGCUGAUGCGGCGCCACGCGCUGGGCUGCACCCGCGGGUCCCCAUGCCCCGUGCUGCCAUGCGCGGGGUUGAGCGAGCGCCUUGCGCGCCGUGCUGCCCUCGGCCUGGCGGAGGUGCCCGGCUGGGAAGUUUCCCGCGACCUGGAGUUCGUGCGAGAGCAGGUAGCGCCGCUCCUGUCCGACGGCGCUUUCAGGCCUCGAGUCAGCAUAGAGUUCGGUUUGGUCGCUGACGCGGAGAUUAACGACGCGACGGAUACCGAGCAGAGGGCGAACAGUAAUGCUGCCGUGGCCACAGGUCCGCAAGGAGCGGGAGAACGGUUACAGUUUGGUUUGAUCCGAGGUGCAAUGGCACAAAGCACUUUGAAGGAAGAGUCGGGUCAUGUGGAGGCAGAAAUCGCUGGUGCGCAGCACAGCACCGACCCAGAGCUGCGCCGCACGCACCCUUCCGAUGUGCGUCCCCGGUCCUCGGCACCAUCGCAAACCCAGUCGGGAAUUGCCUCAAUUUUUCUGCCACCAUUGUGCGAGGCAGUGGAGAUGAUAAGCCCCAUGGAACAGCUGAUGUUCGGACUUAACAGCAGUACGUUCUCCAAUUCUGAGGACAGCCUCCUUGCGAACCAAGAGAACAUCCAGGCCAUGCUGAUGUACAUCAACGAGGACUUUUCCAACUCGGGCGUACAACUGCCCGACGUCAUUCAACCGGAAAAUACGGAACUCAACACGGAGGCUGCGUGUGCCCCACAGGGUGCACGACCGUCGUCACCAUCAUCUCGCGUGAUCCCGAACAGCGAUGGUCGCACUGCAAAGGCGGACAGUUUAAAACUACGCAAGUCAGACUCACUGCCACUAAGUAGGACCAAUCGAGCCCCGAGCAGACCACUGGAGCGACGCACUUCCAAUUAUACGAAGGCUGUCGUUCGCCCUCACAGCAGCCUACGAGCAGUUCGCUCCGUGUGUCUGUCUGCCGUUCCCGUGUCCGUGAGGGCCCGGGUUUGUGUUGGAGAGUCGCGUGAGCUGAGGGAGCUGACGGUUCACUGGGAGAGCCUGGGCCCGGUCAGCGACUCGGUCUGUGAGGGCAUCCUACUCAACAAAGAGCUGAGCCCCAUUGGGGGCAGCUACCGGGAGGGGCAGCAGUGGGAGAAGACGCCCCGGCAACUCGGACGUGGCCGCUUCGGAAAUGUGUUCGUCGGUCGAGACCUCUGCACGAGCUUCCACUUUGCCGUCAAACAGCUGAGCGUGGACAAGUUCUCGGAGAACGAGUUGAGCAUCUGGAGCCGGCUCGACUCACUGCGCCUCGUGCAGCUCUACGGUGCCGUGCGCGAGGGCCCGCGCCUCUCCCUCUUCAUGCAGGUCGCCGAGGGGGGCACGCUCGACGUCAUGAUCUCCGACAACAAGCAGCUGCCCCAGGACCUGGCGAUGCACUACACCUGCCAGGUGCUGGAGGCACUCGAGUAUCUGCACCAGAACAACGUCCUGCACGGCGAUGUCAAAGCCGAUAACAUCCUGAUGUCAGCCGAUGGGAACCAAGUCUGGCUCUGUGAUUUUGGCUUCUCUCAGCUGCUGCCCCCGGGUUCCAAGGUUCUCCCCAAAGACCAGCAGCCGCGCGGCACGCAGACGCACAUGGCCCCGGAGGUGGCAGCGAGUGCCGGCCACGACUGCAAGGCGGACGUGUGGAGCGCAUGCUGCGUGCUGUUGCACAUGCUGAACGGGCGCCACCCGUGGAUGGGGCGCUUCGCUGGCGUGAAGGUGCUCUACUUCGUGAUUGUGCAGCAGGAGGCUCCCGUGAGCGAGGCCCCCGAGUGGUGCACGUCGUGCGUGCUCGACGUCCUGCGGAGCGGCCUGCAGAAGGACGCGGCCGCCCGACCCACGGCCUCGCUGCUGCUGAGCCAGGCCCGUAGCGCCCUCGACGAACUGGGAGGCUUGGACACAGCGUUCUCCUUCCAGGAGUGCACCAGCAGCAGCAUCUUGGUGAGCGGCAGCCUCACAGGACGCCUCGUGAGCCUGAUCAACCGGCGAGCGUCCGGUAACGCGGGCAGCACGCAACUCGGCAGCCUUGGUCAGCGUUCGCUCCGCACUUCUUCUAGCACGGCGCCUCUGUUAAACGAACCAGCGCCGUCACCACCACAGCCACUGCCACAAUCGCAGCCGCGGUGGCAGCCUGAGGUUCCAAAGGCAAACCCUGCGUCGUUAUUGCAACCGCCACAGUCUAGGCCGCCAGCGACGCACAACUCUGCAUCGGCACAAGCGAGUUCCCUGGCUGAUGUCAAGCAGACCUUUGCAAUGCAGGAGCAAGUGACUCUACCGUCUUUACAGCCUCGACAGUGCGACCAGCAGGGCAGCUCGCAGGGCCCAGAUACAGUGUCCGAGCAUUGUUUGGCGGCAGCGGUGGCGGCAAAGGAGAGGCAGUCGUUGCAGGCGGAGGGUAAGGGCGAUGCGGGUUCACCUAGGCCGGAGGGCGUGAUGCACCCGCAGCCAGCAACGGACGCCAGUGUGGCUGGAGGCCCCGUUGACGGACAAGAGACCGGUCAGCUUGCAGAAAAAGCCAGCCGCGCCGGGGCCACUAGGCACCAAACACGAACGUUGAUCUCCGUCGACGCGUUGGAAAACUCGAUUCUUGGAUCCACUUCGCUGGGUCCCUUGCCUGGCCAGAAUAGCAAGAAGCUGCCGAGCAGGAAGUCCCCCGUCGAGCUAGCGUGCCACUUCUCGGGCCGCUCCGCACCGGCGCAGCAGGGAAAGGUGGUGACAGUCGGUGCCACGAGCUCGUCCGUGGCAGCAGCGGUGACGCCCGCAGCAAGAGAGACGCUCGAGGGAGGAGCGGAGCUCAGGGAGGAGCCUCUCCGAUUUCCGCUGAGGAGAAUGCCGGCCAGGCACUCCGACCCUCAGGCGGAUUUGGACGAUAUGCAGAGAGAGCUCGUGAAGCAGCUGUCGGUGCCGAACCCGACGGCGCUGCACGACGCCCUCCUUAAUUCGCUCAUCGCCGAGCCCGAGUUCAUGCCAUUUGAGGACGACGCGGAGAGCAUCCACAGCCUGCCUGAGUCUCCUCAACUCCCAAGCACCGUCCACCUUGAAGCGGUGCGAGUGAACGUGCUCGGUCUGGCAGGGGAACACGCGUUCACCCUGUUGGAGCGGGUCGGGGUGACGGUGGAGGAGGUGGCCAUUGGCAUCAAGGAGCGCGUGGCCCUGCCCACGUUCACACUGGUGUGGCCCGACGGCACGGAGGUAGCGCAGCAGUUCCAGCUGAGGGAGCCCAGCGUCGCGCUGCGCUACGUGGCGGCGGGCGACGCACCGGGGCUGGCGUGGACGUGGAGGGUGAACGGAGGCCACCUGGAGAAGCGACCACCUCGGAUCUCGCCCACAUCGUGAUGCAGCUGGCGGUGGGGGGGGGGGGGCGUCUGCCUGUCGUGGGGCGUGGUCAGGAGCGGUCCCUGAAUCGACGUGCGGACGGUCGUGAGGACGGCCGCGGGAGCAGACGCGUAGCCUCCUGGCCGCGUGCGGCGUGCCACCGCCGCAGAGUCGGCUUCCACGGAGUCGACGGUUUGAGUCCGUCGCAGACGCCGGUAAUGUCUGUGGGGGUGGCUAAAGUGGCAAUCUACUGUGAAGACCAACCACGGAAUGUUGGUAAAGACUCUGCAUAUAAUGAAGAAUCGGUGGUUCAUUAAGUCACGGAUUAAAGUUAGAUCAUUUCUUACGCUCAAGAUAAAUGCACACAAUCAUAUGCAUGAGAACCACUGAUUAGAAUUGUGUUAAUGUGAUGCUAAGCCUCAUGAAAAUGAGUCGGAUUGUGCAAAGAGAUACAAAUGAGAUUGCCAAAACGAGACAAAGAGAAUUGUUAAUUGAAUCGCAUUGUGACGCUGAAUGACAGUGGAAUUGCUGUGGGGUGAAUAGCUGUGGUGGUGAAGCAUGUCUGUAGCCAAUUUGAGAGUUCACUGGCACGCCACUAAUACAUUGAAUUGAAAAUGCUACGAUACGUAACAUAAUAUCGGGCUAGUUUGCCUUUUUACUCUUGUGCAUUUCAUAAUGGGCUGUACAUAUUUUGGGUGUGUGUUUGUAAGUUGUAAUUUGUAUAUCACACUCAGCCUUGUUUUGUGCACAUGACUGCUGUCCUCGCUUUCCCGCGCAAUGCAUUUUCAGCCACUUAAUAAAGACCAUCACGGUAUCAAUGGAA